AUGGCGGAUCGGACAGCUCCCAGCUGCCAGCUCCGGCUGGAGUGGGUGUACGGGUACCGGGGUCACCAGUGCCGCAACAACCUGUACUACACGGCCGGCAAGGAGGUGGUCUACUUUGUGGCUGGGGUCGGGGUGGUUUACAACACCCGCGAGCACAGCCAAAAAUUCUUCUUGGGACACAACGACGACAUUAUCAGCCUUGCCUUACACCCAGAUAGAACUCUUGUUGCAACUGGCCAAGUUGGGAAGGAGCCAUAUGUAUGUAUAUGGGAUUCCUAUAAUGUCCAGACUGUGUCUAUUCUUAAAGAUGUCCAUACACAUGGAGUCGCCUGCCUGGCUUUCGACUCAGAUGGACAGCGUUUAGCCUCUGUGGGAUUAGAUGCCAAAAACACAGUCUGCAUUUGGGACUGGAGGAAGGGAAAACUUCUGGCCUCAGCCACCGGCCACUCCGACCGGAUUUUUGAUAUUUCCUGGGAUCCAUAUCAGCCAAACAGAGUGGUUAGCUGUGGAGUAAAACAUAUAAAGUUUUGGACACUAUGUGGAAAUGCCCUGACUGCAAAAAGAGGGAUAUUUGGCAAAACAGGGGAUCUUCAGACCAUCCUUUGCCUUGCAUGUGCCAAAGAAGACAUCACCUACUCCGGUGCUUUAAAUGGGGACAUCUAUGUCUGGAAAGGGCUCAAUUUAGUCCGCACCAUUCAAGGAGCACAUAGUGCUGGAAUCUUUAGCAUGUACGCUUGUGAAGAAGGCUUUGCCACUGGUGGACGUGAUGGGUGUAUACGAUUAUGGGACACUGAUUUCAAACCGAUAACCAAAAUUGAUCUCAGGGAGACAGAACAAGGAUACAAAGGCCUCUCUAUCCGGAGCGUGUGCUGGAAAGCAGACCGCCUUCUAGCAGGGACCCAGGACAGCGAGAUAUUUGAAGUGAUUGUGCGAGAACGAGACAAGCCCAUGCUGAUCCUGCAAGGCCACUGUGAGGGGGAGCUCUGGGCUCUAGCCCUGCACCCCAAGAAGCCGCUGGCUGUGACAGGCAGCGACGACCGCUCUGUCAGGCUGUGGAGCCUGGCUGACCACGCCUUGAUCGCCCGCUGCAACAUGGAAGAAGCUGUUCGUAGUGUGGCUUUCAGCCCCGAUGGAUCGCAGCUGGCCCUGGGCAUGAAGGAUGGCUCUUUCAUUGUUCUCCGAGUCAGAGAUAUGACAGAAGUGGUUCAUAUCAAAGAUCGAAAAGAAGUCAUUCAUGAAAUGAAAUUUUCUCCAGAUGGUUCUUAUCUCGCAGUGGGAUCUAACGAUGGCCCUGUAGACAUCUAUGCGGUUGCCCAGAGGUAUAAGAAAAUUGGAGAAUGCAACAAGUCCCUUAGUUUCAUUACGCACAUUGACUGGUCUUUGGAUAGUAAAUACUUGCAAACUAACGAUGGCGCAGGAGAGCGACUGUUCUACAAAAUGCCGUCUGGGAAACCUUUAACAAGUAAAGAAGAAAUCAAAGGGAUCCCCUGGGCCUCCUGGACAUGUGUGAAAGGCCCGGAAGUGAGUGGAAUUUGGCCAAAAUACACUGAUAUCAAUGACAUCAACUCAGUGGAUGCGAAUUACAACAGCUCAGUGCUGGUGUCUGGAGAUGAUUUUGGACUGGUUAAAUUGUUUAAAUUUCCUUGUCUCAAAAAAGGAGCCAAGUUUAGAAAGUAUGUGGGCCACUCUGCACAUGUCACAAACGUCCGCUGGUCUCAUGACUUUCAGUGGGUGGUAAGCACCGGAGGGGCCGACCACUCGGUUUUCCAGUGGAGAUUUAUUCCAGAAGGUGUCAGCAACGGCCUGCUGGAAACUGCACCCCAGGAAGGUGGCACUGAUUCCUACAGUGAAGAAUCUGAUUCAGAUUUAUCUGACGUGCCGGAGCUGGACUCUGAUAUUGAGCAAGAAACCCAAAUCAAUUAUGAUCGCCAGGUUUACAAAGAAGAUCUACCUCAGCUAAAGCAACAAAGUAAAGAGAAAAACCAUGCAGUGCCCUUCCUCAAACGAGAAAAGGCUCCUGACGACAGCUUGAAACUCCAGUUCAUACAUGGGUACAGAGGCUACGACUGUAGGAACAAUCUGUUCUACACGCAAGCUGGGGAAGUGGUCUACCACAUCGCUGCAGUUGCUGUCGUGUACAACAGGCAGCAGCACUCCCAGAGGCUGUACCUGGGCCAUGAUGAUGACAUCCUCAGCCUGACCAUCCAUCCAGUGAAGGACUACGUGGCCACUGGGCAGGUUGGAAGAGAUGCUGCCAUUCAUGUGUGGGACACGCAGACUCUGAAAUGUUUGUCCCUAUUGAAAGGGCAGCAUCAGAGGGGAGUGUGCGCACUCGAUUUUUCAGCCGAUGGAAAAUGCCUGGUGUCAGUUGGUUUAGACGAUUUUCACAGUAUUGUAUUUUGGGACUGGAAGAAGGGAGAAAAGAUCGCCACAACACGAGCACAUAAAGAUAAGAUAUUUGUGGUAAAGUGUAACCCACACCAUGUUGACAAGCUGGUUACAGUUGGGAUAAAGCACAUCAAAUUCUGGCAACAAGCAGGUGGGGGCUUCACCUCUAAAAGAGGAAUUUUUGGAAGUGUCGGAAAAUUGGAAACAAUGAUGUGUGUUUCUUAUGGGCGAAUGGAAGAUCUAGUGUUUUCAGGAGCAGCUACUGGAGAUAUUUUUAUUUGGAAAGAUAUUCUGCUACUGAAGACCGUGAAGGCUCAUGAUGGGCCUGUGUUUGCUAUGUAUGCAUUGGAUAAGGGUUUUGUAACAGGUGGAAAGGAUGGAAUCGUGGAGCUCUGGGAUGAUAUGUUUGAAAGAUGCUUGAAGACUUAUGCCAUUAAAAGAGCAGCAUUGUCAACUAGCUCUAAAGGCUUGCUUUUGGAAGAUAACCCUUCAAUUCGUGCCAUCACUCUGGGGCAUGGACACAUCCUGGUGGGAACCAAAAAUGGAGAGAUCCUGGAAAUUGACAAAAGCGGCCCAAUGACACUGCUUGUUCAGGGACACAUGGAGGGGGAAGUGUGGGGGCUGGCAGCUCACCCUCUCCUGCCCAUCUGUGCAACAGUGAGCGAUGAUAAAACACUUCGCAUCUGGGAAUUAUCCUCCCAGCACCGUAUGCUGGCAGUACGGAAACUCAAAAAAGGUGGAAGAUGCUGUGCCUUCUCCCCUGACGGGAAGGCCUUAGCAGUUGGCUUGAAUGAUGGGAGCUUCCUGGUUGUAAAUGCUGACACGGUUGAAGACAUGGUCUCCUUCCAUCACAGAAAAGAAAUGAUCUCUGAUAUUAAAUUUUCAAAAGAUACGGGAAAAUACCUUGCUGUGGCAUCCCACGAUAACUUUGUGGAUAUUUAUAACGUACUUACAAGCAAAAGGGUUGGCAUCUGUAAAGGUGCUUCUAGUUACAUUACACAUAUCGACUGGGACUCUCGAGGAAAAUUAUUACAAGUUAAUUCGGGUGCCAAAGAACAACUCUUUUUUGAAGCUCCAAGAGGCAAACGGCAUACAAUAAGACCUUCAGAGAUUGAGAAGAUAGAGUGGGACACGUGGACCUGUGUCCUGGGGCCCACCUGUGAGGGGAUCUGGCCCGCCCACAGCGAUGUGACCGAUGUAAACGCUGCCAGUCUCACCAAAGACUGCUCCCUCUUAGCCACUGGAGAUGACUUCGGUUUUGUCAAGCUUUUUUCCUAUCCUGUCAAGGGCCAGCAUGCCAGAUUCAAGAAGUACGUGGGGCACAGCGCACAUGUCACCAACGUGAGAUGGCUGCACAACGAUUCUGUGCUGCUCACGGUAGGCGGCGCCGACACGGCCCUGAUGAUCUGGACCAGGGAGUUUGUGGGGACCCAGGAGAGCAAGCUGGUGGACAGUGAAGAGUCGGACACCGACGCAGAAGAGGAUGGAGGCUAUGACAGUGACGUUGCUAGAGAGAAGGCCAUUGAUUACACCACCAAGAUCUAUGCUGUCAGCAUCAGGGAAAUGGAGGGCACAAAACCACACCAGCAGAUGAAAGAAGUUUCCAUGGAAGAAAGGUAUGGUGUUGCCAGGGGAUCAAGGCCACCUGUUAGCAGAGCUGUUCCCCUGCCUGAGAAACUCCAGAAGAACAAUAUCACCAAAAAAAAGAAACUGGUUGAGGAGCUGGCUCUUGACCACGUGUUUGGCUACAGAGGAUUCGACUGUCGCAAUAACCUGCAUUACCUGAACGACGGGGCCGACAUCAUCUUCCACACCGCAGCAGCCGGCGUCGUUCAGAACCUCUCUACAGGGAGCCAGAGUUUCUACCUGGAGCACACGGACGACAUCCUCUGCCUCACAGUGAACCAGCACCCCAAGUACAGAAACGUGGUGGCCACCAGCCAGAUCGGUGAUAUUACGGAGGCCCCAGGAACGACACCUUCCAUCCAUGUCUGGGAUGCCAUGACCAAGCACACCCUCUCCAUGCUGCGGUGCUUCCACUCAAAGGGGGUGAAUUACAUCAACUUCAGUGCAACCGGAAAGCUGCUGGUGUCGGUGGGCGUGGACCCGGAGCACACUAUCACCGUCUGGCGUUGGCAGGAAGGUGCCAAGGUUGCCAGCCGAGGGGGUCAUCUGGAGCGCAUAUUUGUGGUGGAAUUUCGCCCUGAUUCAGACACACAGUUUGUGUCUGUUGGAGUCAAACAUAUGAAAUUCUGGACCCUGGCAGGCAGCGCCCUCCUUUACAAGAAAGGGGUCAUCGGGUCCAUGGAGGCCGCCAAGAUGCAGACGAUGCUCUCUGUGGCCUUCGGUGCUAACAACCUCACUUUCACGGGUGCCAUCAAUGGGGACGUCUAUGUGUGGAAGGACCACUUCCUCAUUCGGCUGGUGGCCAAGGCCCACACAGGCCCUGUCUUCACCAUGUACACAACCCUGCGGGAUGGACUCAUAGUGACUGGCGGAAAAGAGCGACCGACCAAAGAAGGAGGUGCAGUAAAGUUGUGGGACCAGGAGAUGAAGCGCUGCCGAGCCUUCCAGCUGGAGACGGGUCAGCUGGUGGAGUGUGUGCGCUCCGUGUGCCGCGGCAAAGGAAAAAUUUUAGUGGGGACCAAAGAUGGAGAAAUAAUUGAAGUUGGUGAAAAAAAUGCUGCUUCCAACAUCCUGAUUGAUGGACACAUGGAAGGAGAGAUCUGGGGCCUGGCCACACACCCCUCCAAGGACAUCUUUAUCUCUGCCAGCAAUGACGGCACAGCCCGCAUCUGGGACCUGGCUGACAAGAAGCUGCUGAACAAGGUGAACCUGGGCCACGCUGCCAGGUGUGCAGCCUACAGUCCUGACGGGGAGAUGGUGGCCAUUGGCAUGAAGAAUGGAGAGUUUGUCAUCUUGCUGGUGAACAGCCUGAAAGUUUGGGGGAAAAAACGAGAUCGGAAAUCCGCUAUCCAAGAUAUCAGAAUCAGCCCAGACAGCAGAUUCUUGGCCGUUGGUUCUUCUGAACAUGCAGUUGACUUCUAUGACCUCACUCAGGGCACAAGCCUGAAUCGCAUCGGCUACUGCAAAGAUAUCCCAAGCUUUGUCAUUCAGAUGGAUUUUUCUGCAGAUGGCAAAUACAUCCAGGUGUCAACGGGAGCCUACAAGCGCCAGGUGCAUGAGGUCCCCCUGGGGAAGCAGGUAACCGAAGCCAUGGUCAUUGAGAAGAUCACCUGGGCCUCCUGGACAAGCAUUCUGGGAGACGAAGUCAUUGGCAUCUGGCCACGAAAUGCAGACAAGGCUGAUGUUAACUGCGCAUGUGUGACCCAUGGUGGCCUGAACAUUGUCACAGGAGAUGACUUUGGGCUGGUGAAGCUCUUUGAUUUUCCGUGCACAGAAAAAUUUGCCAAACAUAAGCGUUACUUUGGUCACUCCGCUCACGUGACGAACAUCCGUUUCUCCCAUGACGACAAGUAUGUGGUCAGCACUGGAGGCGAUGACUGCAGUGUAUUUGUGUGGCGAUGUCUAUAAACGCCAGGAACCUCUUACUUUAUUGCUGCUGCUGCUCCCACCCAGCAACUGCAGAGGCAGUGCCGAGCCACCUCCGAGCCACCAGCUGCUGUAAACGCCUCCAAUGCUGCAGGCCACGCAAGCUCCGUGUGCUAGUGAAGUGGUAAGACUGCACCCAUACUUGGGGAUUUCCAAAACUGUGAUGCCAAGAAGGAAGGUCAGUUCUAAAAUGUUACGACUGCUUGCCUCUGUUCCUGAGACUAAAAACUCUAUGUACUAACACUGACCAAAAAAAAAAAAAAAAAUUUCUGUCUGAUAAUGUAGCCCACUGACAAAAUUUAAAGCCUCAUUUG